AUGUGCACCGUCGCUUUGAAUGCGCUAGCUGGGGCUGCAGGGAGAACAGUGGGGUUCAGGGGAAAGAGUAGCAGUAUUGGGGGGAGAGAAGGCAAUGGGUUACUGAGGCGAUUAGGGCAGAGGGGUUUUGAGUUGAGCAGACAGCAUUCAUCAGCUGCGCCAGCUGGAGCUGCAGUGAGGACAGUGUGUUGGGGCGUAAGGUGGGGAGAGCAGCAGAGCAAGCAGAAGAGGUCGACUGCCGCAGCGUCUGAGCCAAGCUGGCUGGCGUCAUGUGCGCCAGCUUGCUGCACGCAUGGGGGUGAUGAUGAUGAUGAUGAUGAUGAUGAUGAUGAUGAUGAUGAUGAUGAUGAUGAUGAUGAUGAUGAUGAUGAUGAUGAUGAUGAUGAUGAUGAUGAUGAUGAUGAUGAUGAUGAUGAUGAUGAUGAUGAUGAUGAUGAUGAUGAUGAUGAUGAUGAUGAUGAUGAUGAUGAUGAUGAUGAUGAUGAUCACAGGGGAAUGGUUGUUGUGGGGUCUGGUGGACAUGGCAAUAAGGCAGUAGCAAGGAUGUGCAUGUACGUGCCGGGAGUGAAUGUGGAUGAGUGCGCUGGAGAAAGAGAGGGAUUACUCUGUGCAUGCGAUGCGAUGCAGCCCACACCUAAAGUGCUGUCAAUACAGCACGUAUACUCCACUCAAUUCGGCAACGUGGCAUGA